AUCAUACGAAGACCACAUGUCCAAAUGCAAGCAAAACAACUAUAUACUUUCCCAAGGCAAAUCAUAAUCCCUAGUUUUACGUAAAGAAUUACCAGUUUAGAAAUUAUACGAUUUUGUCUUCAUUAGCCAGUCUUUAUUCUGACUGGUUCGUUCAGAUAUCAAUUAACUUUCGUCACAAAGAAAAAAAAAAUAUAUAUGUAUAUAUAUUUAUAAAAUUUAUAUUUAUAAAAAAUAUAUGUAUAUAUAUUUAUGUACGUGGUCGAUCGCAAUCGCUACGUUCUGCUAAUAACAUUUUGAAUAUGUUCGAGAUUAAAUUACACACUUAUAACUUAUAGGUCGAGGACUGACUGACAAAUUUUUUUAGAUAUAUUUGUAAAUAAUGUACAAUUUGUAGCAAAAGGAGUUGUAAAAAUCUUAAUUAGAACGUAGCAGUGUUAAAUCCGGCUUUUAUAUAUCUAAAAUUUUUGUCUUAUUGAAGCGAUAACUCUUACAAGUAUUAAGAGUCCGUUUGAAAGAAGCGGUUCGAUAAUGUUUAUAGUUACUGUUUGUAUUCAAAUAAAUGGCGCAAGUUACAGUGUUUAACAGAUUAAAUGAUAUUCGUGUGUUAUAAGAAAAAUUAUUUUUCAAUCUCUCCAAUUCUUCUUUUUGCGAAUAAAUCGAUUGUUUGUGUUAACUGUAAAAAAUUAACAUUAUUGUCAACAAUUAUCAUUAUAUGCUUCUAUUAACGUUCUGCUAUAAAAACGAUACAUUUAUUUCAAUAAUAUUUAAACGCUAUAUAAAAAGCUUCCCAGCAAGAAACACGUACAUAUAUCGAUACAGGAGCCAUUCUUUUUUUGAAAGACAGAAUGUCUUUCAUAGAUAUUAAGAAAGACAAAAAUAGGAUGACUUCGUAAUGUCGUUCGACUAUGUAAACUUUCGGUACUCUUGCUGAAAAGUAUCCACUAUUAUGGUUAUGAUCGAUGAUGUGAUUUGAUGUGACUAAAUACAAAUGGCUAUCUCCUCUCUUGAUUUAUUUGAUUUAUUUUUAUUUUUCGAAACUAACGAAAUAGGUAUUUUCACAAUUAUAUUUUUUUACAUUUAUUAUUAGUAUUUUGAUCUUUGUAUCGUUUUAUCUUUAUGUUUCUAUCACUAUUUUCUAUCUCUAAACACUCAAGGAUAGAAUGAUAAUGUAUAUUGAUAACACAUUGCAGCCCAGCUGCGAGGAAAGCACGAUCCUUCAUAAGAAAACUUCCGUUUGCGGUUGACGAGCAUUGCGAUUUUUAGCGAAAUAAGUUGUUAAAGUGAGUAAAAAGGAGUGAAUCUAAGUGAAAGAAGAGCAAUAAGCGUAAAAAAAAAAACAGAAGAGACAGGCAAGAGUGAGGAAAUAGAGUGAGAGAGGCGAAAAUGUUUGAAUGCUGCACAACGGAAAAUAAGAAAGGAGAUGGAGGACUUAAAGGACGAAAUGAUAUUUAGAGAUGAAGAAGGGAAAAAGGAAAGAAAUGAAUUAAAAGGAAGAAUAGAGAAAUUAGAAAUGAGAUUGGAGGAGUAUUCGUAUAAUAAAAAUGGACAAAAUAAUAUGAGGCAAGAGAAUAAUACGAGGGAUACAUCGAGCCUCCCUUCUACCUUCAGUACAUUCCGACCAGCAAAUAAAUCAAAUCAAUCUGCGCCCGGAAAUUCUCGCAACGUGAACAAUACAUCUACUAUUAAUGAUAACAAUAAUGGGAUUAUGUGUCAUUGUCAGAAGACUGCGAUCCAAUUAGCAGAUAAAAAAGACGGAUCAACUAAAGGACAUCUGGUUUACAAAUGUCCUGAUAAAUUGCAAGGAAAUGGUGGUUGCAAUUUUUUCUUGUCGACACCUGACAACGCCAAGUCUCAAGAUAAUACAGCGUGCAAACAAUCAAGUUCGGUAUUCAAUUUGAUGGACAGCACUGAUCACUUCUCUCGCGCUUUUAAUAACGAAAUUUAUUAUUUGGGAAAUACAUCCGCAAAUGAUGUUAUCUGUAAUCAGCCCGCCCAAAAGUGGACGGUUCACAAAGAUGGCCCCAAUAAAGAACGACAAUUUUAUGGAUGUCCCAAGGGUACAAACCCUUUCACUACACCGUUUACUACUCGUAAUUUUUCCGAAUCGGUAGAUGAGAAUAACGCUGGUAAUUGUAAGAACACGGACUUGGACAAUUUUACUGCGAGAAGAGCAAGGAAUAACGCAUGGAAAAAGAAAAAGAGAAAGUGCGGAAAUUGCGGAAAGGAAGGUCAUACGAAGACCAAAUGUCCAAAUUGAGUGAACUGUUGAAUGAAUUUUUUCCAAAUAAUAUGUAAAUAAUGUACAGUUUAUAACAAUUGGAGUUGUAAAAAGCUUAAUUAGAACGCAGCAGUAUCAAAUA